CUCCCUAUUAUGUGACACUUCUCCUUAAGGGAGAACCGUUUGGGUUGAACGGAAAAAAGACCAAAUCAUUUGGGUUUAACAAUUUUGGGUCUUAUAUAAUUAGGGUAGAUGCCCUGACCAAACUCAUCCACCCAAAUUUCCCAAAUUUCUGUGAUCUAUGCGCCAUUUCAUCUCUCUCUAGGGUUUCACCAUUGCGAUCUACUAUACGCCGCCGCCCGUGAGCACCGAAGCUUCGUUUACCCGGUGAGGCUUCAGCAUUGACUGUCGGAAACAGAGUCGUUUCGGUAGGAUACGAGAAGAUACUAAGAAAGGGAUUCAUGUAGAAAAUCUCACUGAGGUAGAUGUUACAAGUGCCCGAGAUGUGAUUCAACAACUUGUUCAGUAUAACCAACACACGUCUCAUGAAUGAAGAAGCAAACCUGUGUGCACUUGUUUCUAGUGUUUUUUUCCUUUGACCCAAAAUAGAGAUGGGAAGAUAAAUAAGAUAUGGAGGAAAAGGAGGCACGCAGGGAGGAGAAUGAGAUUUAUUUGCAGGUGUUCUUUUUUAGAGAUAUACAAUGAACAAAUUCUUGAUCUCUUGGACCCUUCUGUUGUUAAUUUACAGAUACGAGAAGAUACUAAGAAAGGGAUUCAUGUAGAAAAUCUCACUGAGGUAGAUGUUACAAGUGCCCGAGAUGUGUUUCAACAACUUGUUCAGGGUGGUGCAAACAGAAAGGUAGCUUCAACAAAUAUGAACCGCGCUAGUAGUGGUUCUCACAGUGUUUUUACUUGUGUUAUUGAAAGUAAGUGGGAGUCCCAAGGUGUAACACACCAUCGGUUUGCACGCCUUAAUCUUGUGGAUUUGGCCGGUUCUGAAAGGCAAAAAAGUUCAGGUGCCGAAGGUGAAAGGCUAAAGGAAGCCACUAACAUCAACAAGUCUCUCUCAACAUUGGGGCUUGUGAUUAUGAACCUUGUUGACAUGUCCAAUGGGAAGUCACUCCAUGUUCCUUACCGAGAUUCAAAGCUGACAUUUUUGUUACAGGACUCGCUGGGAGGGAAUGCAAAAACAAUCAUAAUUGCCAACGUCAGUCCUUCCAGCAGGAAUAGAAUCAUGCAUCAAAAGAGAGCCACGGAAGAUGACACCAGGGACUACGCAACUAAUUAUAUGCACUCUUUUUUUAUCUUUAAAAAGAUACGAGAAGAUACUAAGAAAGGGAUUCAUGUAGAAAAUCUCACUGAGGUAGAUGUUACAAGUGCCCGAGAUGUGAUUCAACAACUUGUUCAGGCUGUUAUAAAUGAAGAUGCUUCUGGAGAUCUUCUUGCAACGAGGGUGCAGAUUCAAAAUCUGAAGGUAUUGGUUUAAAUCAAGCCACAUCACCCCUACCCUAAUCUUUGCUAGAAGCCUAGCUUCUGCUGAACUCUGCUACCGAUAACAUCUUUAUGUUAUUCUGUGUUAAUAAAUGAACACUCUUUUGAGAAGACCGAGUAUAGUCCCAAUAUACCCCUAUAAAAUACAUGAGACUUUUCUCUUAGCCCCUUGAUGGAUUGCUGCAUUUACUACCCAAAACUUUAUUGACAGUAAGAAGCAAAUGAAGCUUAAAGUGCUGU